UGGCUGCAGAUCUUCCAGUCAUUACGAGUCCACUUUUCCCAUGAAAGACACUAUGGUUUGGUGCAGUCCAUUCUAAUAAUCUAGAUCUACUAUGGGAGCCUUGGAAUGCUUGAAUGCACUUUAGCUAUUUGUCCUGUUUUUUUUAUCGAUCUAUACCACAAGAGGGCUGGGCUCACUGGGAUUUCUUUGUUUAUCUCGGCGGAAGAGCUUUCAGUUUCGAUCGUUUGACGAAAGAGACACAAGUCAAAGCAAAAGGCAACGGACUGUUAGGAAGCUGAGAGGCUACAUGUCUGGCAUGAAUGUGAUUGGAGUAAGUGACGCUCCUCUGUCCAUAUUUCCACAUAUGUACAAAAUCAUGAUCAUUGGUCGCUGUGGUGUUGGAAAAACAAGCUUGCUAUGGCGCUAUCUUUACAAUGAGUUUAAGGAAGACCUCAGGGGAACAAUUAUUGACAAGGAAACAAAGAAAGUCAAUGUCAAUGGGAAGGAUUUGGAAUUGGAGCUAUGGGAUACAGCCAGACUAGAAACAUAUUGCACUUUAUCCCCACAAUACUUGAGAGACGCCAAUGCAGUUAUUAUCCUAUAUGAUAUAACAGAUCCUGCUACGUACAUAGAAGUAAAAGAAUCAUGGAUUGGAAUGGUGUGUGCUCAGUUUGGUGAGGAUGCAGACCAGCGUAUUCCAAUAUUACUGGUUGGAAGUAAAAGUGACCUCAUUGACAAGUAUGAUGAACUACAAAUUCGUGUCAGGCGAAAAGAUGUCAUUGAAGAUAUGAAGCAACGUCAUUCGCAUAUUCUUGGGCCAAUAGAAUGCAGCUCUAAAACUGGUAAGAAUGUUGAAAAAUUGUUUCAAGUCCUUGGAGAGGAGAUAGUACGUCGAGAUUUGGAACCAGCAGUUAGAAAUAAACAUUUAUCAAAAACUCAUGUCAAUAGCACUCAAAAUUAUGACUGCAAGUGUUGGCAGGAACGCUUUCGAACCAUUUCUCCGUCAUAUUAUGCUGGAGCACAUGCUAUUAUUAUAGUGUAUGACAUGACUGACCGCAAAUCAUUUGUUGAAAUAAAGCAGUAUUGGAUAAAAGAAAUAGCAGUACAAUUUGGUGAUGACGCUGAUCAUCAUCUGCCUAUCAUGCUAAUCGGAACAAAGGCUGACCUAGCCAAAUCUAUAGGUGACGACGAACAAAAGUUAGUUAAGAAGCAAGAUGUACUUGAUCUUAAAAAAGAAUAUGACAGAAUGCUAGGGCCCUAUGAAUGCAGUGCUGUGUCAGGCAAAAAUGUUGACAAGGCAUUCAAUCGAAUAGCCGAGGAAUUGGUCAGCAGAAACACCUUAGGAAUAUCAAACCAUUAUGACACUUAUGUACCAUCAAACUGUAAAAUAUGCCAAUGAGUAAAAUU